AUGGCAGGGCAGCCCGGCGGGUGACGCAGGGCCAGGAUGCUGGCCUGCCCGUUGUGGAGAGCUACCAGCAGGGCGCUGUUCGCCGAGUUCCUGGCCACAGGGCCGUAUGUGUUCUUCGGCGUGGGCUCAGCCCUGCCCUGGCCCUCGGCGCUUCCCACCGUGCUGCAGAUCGCCAUCACCUUCAACCUGGCCACGGCUGUGGCUGCGCAGAUCACCUGGAAGACCAGCGGGGGCCACCUCAACCCCGCCGCUCUCGCCUUCCUCGUGGGCUCCCAAAUCUCCCUGCCCCAUGCUGUGGCCUAUGUGGCUGCCCAGCUGGCCGGGGCCACUGUGGGGUCUGCUCUGCUUUAUGGGGUCAUCCCAGGAGACAUCCGAGAGACCCUCGGGGUUAACAUGGUCCGGAGCAGCGUCUCGACGGGCCUGGCUGCGGCAGUGGAGCUGGUUCUCACCCUGCAGCUGGUGCUCUGUGUUUUCGUUUCCACCAAUAGCCGCCAGGCAUCGGGCUCCCCGGCCACCAUGAUGGGGAUCUCUCUGGCACUGGGCCACCUCAUUGGGGUCUACUUCACCGGCUGCUCCAUGAACCUGCCCCGCUCCUUUGGCCCCGCCAUCAUCGUUGGGAAGUUCAAGGUCCACUGGAUCUUCCGGGUGGGACCCCUGACAGGAGCUGUCCUGGCUUCACUCAUCUACAACUUUAUCCUGUUCCCUGACACCAAGACCAUGGCCCAGCGACUGGCCAUCCUCAUGGGAACUGAAGAAAUGGAGAAAGUGGCAGAAAAGGAGCCCAAGAAGAGAGAAUACCAGUCCAGUUCAGGGGAUACUAAAACGGGGAACAUGUGUCAGAUGGUAUAGAACUUGGCCCUCACCUUUGGGCUUCUGAGAGGAGCCCUUUAGGUGGGUAGCUUGCCUUGUACAACCAGACUUCAGGUUUUAUAGGGGGUGGGGCCGGGGUGGGGGGAUGAGGGCAGGAAGGAUGGGGAUGCUAGGCCUCUUGUCCUAACAGGGUGGGCAGGGAAUGCCAAUCCCUAUCCCUGGCGUUAUAUUUCUAGACAGAAAGAAUCUGGGGAGCAAAUCUGUUCAGUUUCCUCCUCCUACAUCUCUUAAUGGGACAGAGCAGAAGGAGGCAGGGAAAUUCAUGAUUGCCCUCCCCUUCUCUCGUCCAUCUGGAUCCUAGUGGGCAUCCUGAGCCUCUGGAUCGCCUUGCCUUGGGUACUGGAGCCCAGACAGCCACUCAGCUUAGACACUAAGGGCUAUAGAGACCUUGGGGAACCCCAAUGUCUUACCCAUCCUUGAGGGGAAAACCAGAAUUCCCAGAAGAAUUGGAUCCUGGAACAUUCUCUGAGCUCCUCAUAGGGCUAUCUCUGCUCCUGGGUAUGGUUUGGGGGCUACAGACCAGCCCUCAGCGUGGGUGCUUCCUGAGGACAAAGACUGUCCUUCUGAUCGAUCUUCACUCCUCACGCCUCUAAACGCUCAGGAGAGGACCCUGCCCUUGGGAAGAGCUGACACAGAGGAGCCUUUUCUAGGGCUGGCAGAGGGGCAGGAUAGACACAAGGGAGGUUUGGGCCAAACAGGCCUUUCCCAGGGUAGGCUCUCCCCAGAUGUUUGCCCACCUUCCACCCCACAGCCCCAUUCAUGGGAACAAUCCUGAGAGGGGUAGGUCCCUAUCCCAGCCACCUGUCCCUGAUCUGGGCCACAAGCUGUCUCCAGCCUCAUUCUCAAUUCUGCCAGGAUCCUCAAAAAGCUACUAAAUGAGCCCCAAGGAUGGUAAGAACUCAGGAAUGACCCAAGAAACCAAGAUUUGCAGUUCAGUGCCUCUGAAGGACUAUUAGUCUCAGUUGGUUUGUUAAUAUUUACAAGCUGCUAUAAAUAUACUCUCCCCAUGACUUGGGGCCCUAUCUGGAUCUCAGCUUCCCCAGCUAUAAAAUGGGCACAGCCCUCCCCCAGGGCCUGCUGUGAAAACAAACAAGAGACUGGAAAAUGUUUUCGGAAGUUAAAAUGCUAGAAAAACAAACCCAAUAAAUGAUGAUUAUUGUCACUGUUACUGUAA